CGCUAGAUUCCAGUAAAUCCUACACAAUGAUCCUUUAAGCAAGAGAGGGCGUUUUAGUGAAAUGAAAUGUGUUGUAGGUGAUGACAAUAGAUACAGGCUAGACCUAAGUUACUGACCGAGCUCUGUUGCAACAGUCAUGGUCAAUGAAACUUAAAUGUUCAGUUUAUAUAUAGACCACCAGAAUAAAUGGCAGCAGCUCAGCACCCACAGGGUUAAUAUGAAAGCGUGAGCUUGCCUAUGGUGUGAAGUGUACAGGUUGCCAGGCAACACUGGAGGUGUUCAGUGUUCAGUGAGGUCAAGCUAACUCUGACUGUAGGCAUAUUUGUCUUCGCUAAAUGUGUACAAUAUUAAUAGACUACUAAAAUGCCGUUCAGUACCGACACAAUGAAACCUCCGCUGCAUGACCAAAUCACAGAAAUGCAGCGGAAAAUUCAACUAUUGGAGGGCGACAGAACUGCAUACUAUGAGAGCUCUCAGUCCACCAUCAAGAAGAACAGAGAGUCCAUCAGACAGCUGAGGCAGGAGAACAAGAGGCUGUACAGGAAAGUGGCAGAGGCUAAUGCUGGUGAUGAACAUAUCAUCAAAGUGGCCUUUCACAACAGAGGCUUGGAGAAGGAUGCCUACCGCAAUAUGUCAGGGAAGGCGGCCAUCACAACACUGGACCAGCGGGUGCUGUCCAAGAUGAAGCGUCUCAAUGCCCUAAAACACGCCACCCAGACCUACCAGCACCGCCUGGACGAGUUGAGGAUGGAGUACCAGAGAAGGAAACCAGAAGGCAGCAGUGGAGCACAGUCUGCUGAUGCACGUGCUCGGAAAAGAGAGGAAGAUGCCAUGAAAUUGCGGGCACUGGAGAACAAUCUGGAGAAGACCCAGUUUAAAUGCAAGGAAGCUGAAAACAUCAUGACAAACUAUCUAAAACUCAAAAGUCACCUGCAGGAGGAGAGUCUGACUUUCCAGGGCCAGUUGGACAGUCUGGAAGCAGAAAUCCUGAAGCACAGAGAGGAACAUCACAACCUACAGGUCAUGAACAGCGAAGCCCAGCUCUCUAAAGAAGCUGCUAAGGCUGAGUUACAGCAGCAGGAGGAACUGCUCUACAAGGAGCGCAAAGACAGAGAGCGUAUUAUAGCAAGCUACAGGAAGAAGGUUGAGGAGCGUAAGGCCCAGGCUGAGAAAGUCGACAGGAGGGCUCAGAGAUCAACCAUGCAGCCGGAUGAGCUGAGCAGUGAGGCCCAGCGCAGCACCACCAGAAUGGCAGGUGAAGAGGAGAAAACCAUCUCCACCUUUGAGGAGGCCUUCCAGCGAAUCAAGGAGGCCACUGGAGUCACAAAUAUACAGGAGAUAGUGGAGCGUUUUAUCUCACAGAAGGAGACACACCAACAUCUGGAGAGGCUGAAAGAAGAGAAUGAAAAGAUCUUGCUGCAGCUGAAGGAGCAGAAGGGGCUCUUAUACCAACAGUUCCAGGACAUGAAAUACUCUGGGGAGGCUAAACUCUCCAGCGACCAGCAGAUGCUGGAGGACUGUGAGCAGCAACUGCAGGCUGAACAACAGAGGUGUGAUGCAGCCAAAGAGCGCCUGGAUUGGCUUGUUAAAACCCUCAGUACUGUCCGAGCCGGAGAGGAGCACCUUGCAGACAAACUUCAGCACAUCACACUGAGUGAGCACACAGUGGCUGAAGUGUCUCCAGACUCCGAUGAGUUUGUGGUGGAGCUGAUGACCCAGUGUGAGCUGAAGCUGCAGUUACUGCAAGAGGAGCUUCAGGGAAAAGAUCACACUGCGAUUAUGAAGGAGAUGGAGGAAGAGGAGUUCUUUGUCCGGAUUGAGGGGAAACUGCCAGCUUACAACACGCGUGUCAAGCUGCCUGAGGACCAAAGACUGGACCUCUUUGACAACGAGGACGAGAGUGAAGAGGACGAAGCUGACAUCAUCUCACGGGAGGCACUGAAGCGUCAGUCUCAGCUGAUCAUCGACUCCAAGUCCAAGAAAAAGCCCUGGAAGAAGAAGAAGGGCAAGUUCUGAUCCAACUCCACAGUCUGUGAAGAGAAAACACUCACAACCUGGUCUGAGUGUAAAAUGAACUCAGGUUUAGGACAAAGAGCCCAUAAAUAUCUGAGUCCAUUGGGUUUUUAUCCAAAUAUGUUUGUGUCUUUGAAGCUGGUUACUUGGUGUAAAGGUGAGUUUGUUUUGACAACAGUAAUGUUCUCUGGCCUGUGUCACUGUUGCACCAACACUUGUUUCUCCGCCUCUUUUCUACAGUUCAGAGUUCUACACUCUGUCUCACUGGGAGGCCAAUAAAAACAGUCAAAACA